AUGGAGCAGAGACGUGUGGAGUGUAUCCAGCAGAGGGCUGAGGGCAGCGAGCCCAUGGCCCUGCCUGGGAGGGUCUCCAGUGGGCUUGGCCCUGGCGGGGGAGCAGCGGACGUGGAUGAGUGUUCCGAGGGCACGGAUGACUGCCACAUCGACGCCAUCUGCCAGAACACACCCAGGUCCUACAAAUGCCUCUGCAAGCCAGGCUACAAGGGGGAGGGGAGGCAGUGUGAAGACAUUGAUGAGUGUGAGAAUGACUACUACAAUGGCGGCUGCGUCCACGACUGUAUCAACAUCCCAGGAAACUACAGGUGCACCUGCUUUGACGGCUUCAUGCUGGCACACGAUGGACACAACUGCCUGGAUGUGGACGAGUGUCAGGACAACAAUGGCGGCUGCCAGCAGAUCUGUGUGAACGCCAUGGGCAGCUAUGAGUGCCAGUGCCACAGUGGCUUUUUCCUCAGUGACAAUCAGCACACCUGCAUCCAUCGCUCCAACGAGGGGAUGAACUGCAUGAACAAAGAUCAUGGCUGCGCCCACAUCUGCCGUGAGACGCCCAAAGGUGGAGUGGCCUGCGACUGUAGGCCCGGCUUUGACCUUGCCCCAAACCAGAAGGACUGCACACUAACCUGUAACUAUGGGAACGGAGGCUGCCAGCACAGCUGUGAGGACACAGACACGGGCCCCGUGUGCGGCUGCCACCAGAAGUACGCCCUCCAUGCCGACGGUCGGACGUGCAUUGACAAGGAUGAGGCUGCAAUUGAGCGCUCGCAGUUCAAUGCCACGUCAGUAGCUGAUGUGGACAAGCGGGUGAAACGGCGGCUCCUCAUGGAGACAUGCGCGGUGAACAACGGAGGCUGCGACCGGACCUGCAAGGACACGGCCACUGGGGUGCGUUGCAGCUGCCCAGUCGGAUUCACGCUGCAGCCGGAUGGGAAAACGUGCAAAGACAUCAACGAGUGCCUGGUGAACAAUGGCGGCUGUGACCACUUCUGCCGAAACACCGUGGGCAGCUUUGAGUGCGGCUGCCGCAAGGGCCACAAGCUGCUGACUGACGAGCGGACGUGCCAGGACAUCGACGAGUGCUCCUUUGAGCGGACCUGCGACCACAUCUGCAUCAACUCCCCGGGCAGCUUCCAGUGUCUGUGUCAGAGCGGCUACGUCCUCUACGGAGCCACCCACUGCGGAGACGCGGAUGAGUGCAGCAUGGACCAUGGUGGCUGCGACGAGGGCUGCGUCAACACCAAGGGCAGCUACGAGUGUGUCUGCCCGCCAGGGAGGCGGCUGCACUGGAACCGGAAGGACUGCGUGGAGAUGGGCAAGUGCCUCUCUCGGGCCCUGGCCUCUGCCCAGGCCCAACUGGCGUGCAGCAAGGUGGGAGGCGUGGAGAGCUGCUUCCUGUCCUGCCCAGCCCAUACCCUGUUUGUGCCAGAUGCAGAAAACAGCUAUGUCCUGAGCUGCGGUGUUCCAGGUCCCCAGGGCAAGACGCCACCAAAACGCAAUGGCACCAUCUCUAGUGCCGGGUCCGGCUGCUCAGAUGCCCCCAGUGCUCCCAUCAAGCAGAAGGCCCGCUUCAAGAUCAGAGAUGCCAGGUGCCAGCUCCGGCCCCACAGCCGGGAGCGAGCCAAGGAGGCUCAGAGUCAGAGUCAGCCGCUGCUGGACAGCUGCCAGGUGACUUUGGUGACACUCAAGUGUGACUCCUCCAGGAAGAGGCGACGAGGCCGUCAGUCGCCAUCCAAGGAGGUGUCCCACAUCACCGCGGAGUUUGAGGUGGAGGUGAAGCCGGGUGAGACCUCAGACUCCUGCGAGGUGGACUGCAUGCGGAAGCGGGCAGAGCAGAGCCUACAGGCCGCCAUCAAGACCUUGCGCAAGUCCAUCAGCCGGCAGCAGUUCUAUGUCCAGAUCUCGGGCACUGAGUACGAGGUGGCCCAGCGGCCAGCCAAAGCUCUGGAGGGGCCGGCGACAUGUGGGCCCGGUCAGGUGCUCCGGGACGGCAAGUGUGUGCCCUGUGGGCCGGGCACCUCCUUCAGCGGGGAGCCGAGCCAGUGCGUGCCGUGCCCGCCCGGGACCUACCAGGACAUGGAAGGCCAGCUCAGCUGCACGCCAUGCCCCAGCAGUGACGGUCUCGGUCUGGCUGGUGCCCGCAACAUAUCUGAAUGUGGCGGCCAGUGCUCACCAGGCUUCUUCUCAGCCACUGGCUUCAAGGCCUGCCAGGCCUGCCCCAUGGGCACGUACCAGCCCGAGCCAGGACGCACCCGCUGCUUCCCCUGCGGAGGGGGGCUGCUCACCAAGCACGCCGGCAGCACCUCCUUCCAGGACUGCGAAGCCAAAGUGCACUGCUCCCCCGGCCACCACUACAACACUACCACUCACCGCUGCAUCCGCUGCCCUGUGGGCACCUACCAGCCUGAGUUUGGCCAGAACCAUUGCCUCACCUGUCCAGGCAACACCAGCACCGACUUUGAUGGCUCCACCAAUGUCACACACUGCAAAAACCGGCACUGCGGCGGUGAGCUGGGAGACUACACGGGCUACAUCGAGUCCCCCAACUACCCUGGAGACUACCCGGCCAAUGCUGAGUGCGUGUGGCACAUCGCGCCUCCUCCCAAGCGCAGGAUCCUCAUCGUGGUCCCUGAGAUCUUCCUGCCCGUUGAGGACGAGUGUGGUGACGUCCUGGUCAUGAGGAAGAGCGCCUCACCUACGUCUGUCACCACCUACGAGACCUGCCAGACCUACGAGAGGCCCAUCGCCUUCACCUCUCGCUCACGCAAGCUCUGGAUCCAGUUCAAGUCCAACGAAGGCAACAGCGGCAAAGGGUUCCAAGUGCCGUACGUCACCUACGAUGAGGACUACCAGCAGCUGAUAGAGGACAUCGUCCGCGACGGGCGUCUGUACGCCUCAGAGAAUCACCAGGAAAUCUUGAAGGACAAGAAGCUGAUCAAGGCCCUCUUUGACGUGCUGGCGCACCCCCAGAACUACUUCAAGUACACAGCCCAGGAGUCGAAGGAGAUGUUCCCUCGCUCCUUCAUCAAACUGCUGCGCUCCAAAGUGUCCCGGUUCCUGCGGCCGUACAAAUAGCCUC